CUGCCAUUGAGGCCUGUCUGACUCACCUCCUGAAGAGACGGGCUGCUGGAUUUCUUCGCAGUGAUAAGAUAGCUGCCCUCUUCACCAAGGUUGGCAAAGUGUUUGACACUGCUGGUGAAAUCUGUCAAAAAGUACAAAAGCAGCUCCAGCAGCAGUCAGAUGUCAUCAGGAGAGCUCAGAGUGUGGGCCAGGAGCAUCUGAGGAGGCAGGGCUCCUCCACCACCAGUCGUUCCCCUCAGCCCCUCUCUGCCCAAGCCAUCAAACACAUCUGGGUCCGGACAGCUCUCUUUGAGAAAGUUCUAGAUAAGAUAGUUCAGUACAUUGUGGACAACUCCAGUGGGGCCCUGUGCACUGGAGUACACUAAGCUAAAAACUUCAGAUCAUUUCUGGACAGACCCAUCUGCCAAUGAGCUGGUUCAGCGUCACCGUAUUCAUGGGGCCCAUCGGGGCCAAGAGGUGUCGUCAAGCCGUCGGCCUGCUCUGGGGAUUCGCAAGCGACAAUCUAGUGGCAGUAUGUCAGAGGAUAGAUUUGCUGCAUCAGCAAGAGAGUACGUGGAGUCUCUUCACCAAAACUCCAGAACACACCUUCUAUAUGGCAAAAACAACGUCCUAGUUCAACCGAAGAAGGACAUGGAGGUGUUGCGGGGCUACUUGUCUCUUCACCAAGCUGGGGAAAGUCUCACUCUKAAGUGGACGCCCAACCAGCUCAUUAAUGGCACUCUGGGAGACUGUGACUUAGAGAAAAGCAUUUAUUGGGACUAUGCACUAACUGUUCCUCUGCGACAGAUUGUCUGCAUCCACUGUCACCAGCGGUCUGAUUGUGGGGGGACAUUGGUUCUUGUUAGUCAAGAUGGGAUUCAGCGACCACCCCUGCACUUCCCACCUGGUGGACACCUUCUGGCUUUCCUGUCUUGUCUGGAAACAGGCCUGCUACCACGUGGUCAACUGGAACCUCCCCUCUGGUCUCAGAAAGGCAAGGGAAAAGUGUUUCCUAAACUGAGGAAGAAGAGCAGUACAGCCAGGCUACUGGAACAAGACAGGAAUGGUGAGGAGCAGACAGCUGCUGACUACGUCUUUCGUAUAGUCUACCCUGGACAUCGAUAUGAUGCCAACCAUGGGGAAAUGAUGGAGAUACAAGGGUUUGGAGGCAGCCCGCUGUCAUGGCAACAGGCAGAAGGAACCACUCACGAGUCCUUGUGCCAGUCCUGCUCAACGGCCGGCAGCAACAUAUCAUUCGACUACACAGCUGGCCGUGCCUGCAUACAUCAGCCUUCUGAUAUCCACACGGCUUGCAUACUGUCGACACCUGUCCACCGUGCGAACCCACCUGUCAGCUCUGGUCAACCAUAACAUGGUGCACCCUGACAAACCCUGCGAAGCGUCRGGAGGGCUCAGCAAAGAGGUGUGGAGCAAGUAUCAGAAAGACUACAAGAACUACAAAGAGCUCGAGCUGCUCAGGCUGGUUUAUUAUGGAGGUGUACAGCAUGACAUCAGGAAGGAAGUCUGGCCUUUUCUGCUGGGACACUAUAAGUUUGGCACAAGCCAAAAAGAAAUGAGCCAGAUCAAUGCAAAGAUCAACGAGCGCUACCAGCAGGUGAUGCGGGAGUGGAAGACCUGUGAGGUCAUCGUCAAGCAGAGAGAGAAGGAGAUGCAGUGUGCCAUCUUUGCCAAGCUGUCUUCAGGAAGCAGCAUAGACAGCCAUGUUCUACGUCUUGCACACAGAGACUCCACUCUCAGCAAUGAGGUGUUCAUGUCUGUGGAUGAGCCAGAGGCAGGGAGUCAGGAGACCCCCAGUGGACAAGACAAUACUCCCACCAUGACCACUUUGAUCACCCCUGCCGCUCUGCCCCCUGAGGAGCGCCUUCUGGUAGAGUUUGAUUCCCCUGAUUCGGGUCUCCCUUCAUCCCGGAACUACUCGGUGACCUCUGCUCACUCUCAGAUCUUAUCCAGUAUUGAUGAUGGUCAGAGCACAGAGGAAGAAGGGGGGAGAGAGGAGGGCAGGUCUCCAAUGGGGGACCAUCAGGACUCCUUCACUGAGGACAAAUUGUGCAGUCAGCUAGACAAACUGAUGACCAGUGGAAGUGCUCCUGAUGAGACAUCAGCUUCCCUCUCUUCUUACACAAUUGAACUGCUGGACACGGUUGCCCUCAACCUCCACAGAAUUGAUAAAGAUGUGCAGCGCUGUGACCGCAACUAUUUCUACUUCACCACAACCAACCUGGAAAAACUACGCAACAUUAUGUGCAGCUAUGUGUGGGAACAUUUAGAGAUGGGCUACGUUCAGGGCAUGUGUGACCUGCUUGCUCCACUGUUGGUCAUCCUGGAUGAUGAGUGCUUGGUGUACAGCUGCUUCACUCAGCUGAUGAAGAGGAUGAGUCAAAACUUUCCUAAUGGUGGAGCCAUGGACACACACUUUGCCAAUAUGAGGUCACUGAUCCAGAUUCUGGACUCUGAGCUGUUUGAGCUAAUGCAACAGAAUGGAGAUUACACUCACUUCUACUUCUGCUAUCGCUGGUUCCUGCUGGACUUCAAAAGAGAACUCCUGUACGAAGAUGUGUUUGCAGUGUGGGAGGUGAUCUGGGUGGCUCCCAGGAUCUCCUCACACCACUUUGUCCUCUUCUUGGCCCUGGCACUGGUUACAGUUUACCGUGAGAUCAUCAUAGAUAACAACAUGGAUUUCACUGACAUCAUCAAAUUCUUUAAUG